AUGCAAGUGCCGUGGGUGAUCGUGACCGUUGGGCUGACCCAUCUCCUGCUAGUGCGUUCCGACCAGACCGAUUUCAAUCACAUCAACUCGGAUGGAUCCUUUGCUUUCGGCCUGAAAAACUCAGACACUCCCGGAGGACACUACCAUACGGCCAGUGGUAACCCGAAGACGGUCGUCCGCGGACGCUACGGAAGCCGCCAGCCGGAUACGGGACGGGUCGAGGAAACGAUCUACACUGCCGGUCCCCGUGGGUUCCGUGCCCGGGGGCCCAAGAUCCAUCGGAAGCAGAGCCUGUCGCAGGUGCCACGGGGACCGAUCGGAACACCGGAUGACCCGCAGGCCGAUCCGUAUGAUGACCCGAGCUACGACUUUCAGUUCAAAACUCGCAACUACCAGCGCCGCGAGGGUUCCGACAGCAACGGCCGUGUCAACGGGCUGUACUCCUACAUCGAUGACGUGGGGGAAAAGCACUCGGUGCGGUACUCGGCCGGUAGUGGAACCGGCUACGAGGUGGCCAACCCCGUACCGGAUGCACCGAACACGAUUGCGUACGAGAGCCCACUCUACAAGACGCACAAACAGGUGCGUGGUAAGGUUGCGUUCGAGAGUGGCCCCAGUGGCUCCGGUCAGUACAAGCUGCUUUCGGUGGGACCGGAUCAGCGGCGUGCGGAAACGACCGGCCCGGACGGAGUGACCCGCGGUUCGUACUCCUAUCUGGACGACAAGGGUGUCCAGCGAACGGUGCAGUACAUUGCCGGGGCCGGCAUCGGGUACAAGGUGGUACAGAGUACGACGGGUGCCGGGACGCAUCGGCUGCCGCAACCCGCUUUUGGCAUCGCGCACGUCGAGCAAAGUGACAUCGCCGACAACAACAAUCCGGCGUACCAGGGAGCGUCCUCUGGUCCGACGAGCGAACGGCCGGGGACCGGAGGUGGCUACGAUCACGUGGCCCGACCGUCGAGCUCCGGCUACGAUGGUCCCGGUCGACCGACGGCUCCCGACGGCUACGAUCCUCCCACUGGCCCCUCAGGCCCAGCUUCGGGUCCGGGAGUCUCAGGCCCGGGCCCGAGUGGUUCCGGUUACCCGGACACGGGUCGUCCGGGAACGGGCCUGGGCUAUGAUGAGGAGAACUUUGACAGCAAACGACCGACGACUCCGGCGAGUGUGCGACCUGCGACCACCGAUCGACCCGAUGCCGUGGAAAGUUCACGCGAAAAGUACCCACCGGGUGGACCUGGGGACGAUCCGGACCACGAACUCGGAGGAUACGGCGAUGACAGCAUUAUCGGACUGGUGCCACCAAAGUACGACUUCGAAAGCGCCCCGACUGGUCCCGUUUCAUCGAGCGACGAUCAGCCACUGCUGUCCGGUCCGUUCGAUGUGGCCAUCUCGAGUGGGCCCUCCGGGCCAGCUCCGUACCCGAGCUUUGGAGAGUCAGCGCCGGACACGAACGCAUACAACUCGAACGAUUUCGCCAGCUUCCCCGAGGUUUCGUACGAUCAGAAGAAGCUGCAAGACGACCGGAAGAAGGAUUGGCGCGACUUCGCCAAGGACUCGACCAUCAUCAAGAACGUGGGCGAUUGGUACGUGGGGUUGGCCCCGGGGGCGUCGGUGCGGGCCCACGUACAAUCAAUCGAUCUGUUGCCGUACGGCGGACGGGCGCCCUCGCCCGGAGACGCCCUGCGGCGCGAUACGCAGGCGCAAGCCAAAUCCAGACCGACUUCGGACGGUCCGGUCAACCGAAAGACGUACGAACGACGGUAGGCCGC